UCGCGCCCAGCAGCUGCCGCCUCCUGCCGGACCGCACCGCCAGGAAGAUGCGCCUCAAGAAUCAGAUAAUUAGCACCAUGGAGCCACAGGUGUCAAAUGGCCCGACAUCCAAUACAAGCAAUGGACCCUCCAGCAACAAUAGAAACUGUCCUUCUCCCAUGCAGACAGGGGCAGCCACAGAUGACAGCAAAACCAACCUCAUAGUCAACUAUUUACCCCAGAACAUGACCCAGGAGGAAUUCAGGAGUCUCUUUGGGAGCAUUGGUGAAAUAGAAUCCUGCAAACUCGUGAGAGACAAAAUUACAGGACAGAGUUUAGGGUAUGGAUUCGUUAACUAUAUUGAUCCAAAGGAUGCAGAGAAAGCCAUCAAUACUUUAAAUGGACUCAGACUCCAGACCAAAACCAUAAAGGUCUCAUAUGCCCGUCCGAGCUCUGCCUCAAUCAGGGAUGCUAACCUCUACGUUAGCGGCCUUCCCAAAACCAUGACCCAGAAGGAACUGGAGCAGCUUUUCUCGCAAUAUGGCCGUAUCAUCACCUCUCGAAUCCUGGUUGAUCAAGUCACAGGAGUGUCCAGAGGGGUGGGAUUCAUUCGGUUUGAUAAGAGAAUCGAGGCAGAAGAAGCCAUCAAAGGGCUGAAUGGCCAGAAGCCCAGCGGUGCUACAGAACCGAUUACUGUGAAGUUUGCCAACAACCCCAGCCAGAAGUCCAGCCAGGCCCUGCUCUCCCAGCUCUACCAGUCUCCCAAUCGGCGCUACCCUGGCCCGCUUCACCACCAGGCCCAGAGAUUCAGGCUGGACAAUUUGCUUAAUAUGGCCUAUGGCGUAAAGAGGUUCUCCCCAAUCACCAUUGACGGAAUGACAAGCCUUGUGGGAAUGAACAUCCCUGGUCACACAGGAACAGGCUGGUGCAUCUUUGUCUACAACCUGUCCCCUGAUUCCGACGAGAGUGUCCUCUGGCAGCUCUUCGGCCCCUUUGGCGCAGUGAACAACGUUAAGGUCAUCCGCGACUUCAACACCAAUAAGUGCAAGGGAUUCGGCUUUGUCACCAUGACCAACUAUGAUGAGGCAGCCAUGGCCAUUGCCAGCCUCAACGGGUACCGCCUAGGAGACCGAGUGUUGCAAGUUUCCUUUAAAACCAACAAAGCCCAUAAGUCCUGAAUUUCCCAUCCUUACUUAUUAAAAUAUAUAUAUAAAUAUAUACGAACAACACACACACACACACACACACACAAGAGAGAGAAACAAACUUUUCGAGGCUUAUAUUCA